GGCGGCGGCGGCGGCGGCGGCGGUGGCGGCGCCCGGCAGGGAGCGGGUCCGGAGCGGGCCGCUGGACCCGAAACAGGGGGGCGUCGGGAAGCUCCCUCGCCCAGGCGACGGCGGCCUGAUGGAGUGAGAGGGUCAGGUGUGAGUGUGUGACGUUGAGUGCUUCAGAUCUGGUCACUAUGGUACGAGAACGAAAAUGCAUAUUGUGCCACAUUGUGUACAGCUCAAAAAAGGAGAUGGACGAACACAUGCGGAGCAUGUUGCAUCACAGGGAACUUGAGAACCUGAAGGGCAGGGACAGUAGUCAUGAGUGCCGGGUGUGCGGGGUCACAGAAGUGGGUCUUUCUGCAUAUGCAAAACACAUUUCUGGCCAGUUGCACAAAGAUAAUGUUGAUGCCCAAGAAAGAGAAGAUUAUGAAAAGGGAGAGGAAGAGGAAGAAGAUUAUUUUGACAAGGAGCUUGUUCAGUUAAUAAAACAAAGGAAAGAACAAAGUCGACAAGAUGAACCUUCCAAUAGCAGCCAAGAAAUAAACUCUGAUGACAAGCGACUCCAAUGGAGGCGUGAAGACAGAAUCCCUUACCAAGACAGAGAGAGCUACAGUCAGCCAGCAUGGCAUCAUCGCGGCCCUCCUCCACGAGACUGGAAGUGGGAGAAAGAAGGCUUUAGUAAUACUAGGAAAAACAGCUUUGCACAUUCUUUGAGGAAUAGUGGUGGACCAAGAGGGUGUUCUGGGUGGCAGAAGGGCAUUGCAGGAGGCUCCUCAACUUGGUUCCAUAACCACAGUAAUUCUGGAGGUGGUUGGCAUUCAAAUACUGGAACAGCAGCUUGGAAUCACAAUGGUACAGGAAGGAGUUCCAGCUGGCAUUCUGAAGGAACAGGUGGCUUUUCCAGUUGGCAUAUGAACAACAGUAACGGAAACUGGAAAUCCAGUGUACGUAGUACAAAUAGUUGGAAUUAUAGUAGUCCAGGAGACAAAUUUCAACCAGGCAGAAACAGAAAUUCUAACUGUCAAAUGGAAGAUAUGCCUAUGCUAUGGAACAAGAAAUCUAAGACAAAUAAAUACAAUCAAGAGAGGUAUAAUUGGCAGCGGCAAGACAAUGACAAAGUUGGUACAGUUGCCACAUAUAGAGAUCCUUCUGAAGGAUUUACAAGUGAUAAAUUUUCAUCACAAAACUUAUUUGACUUCAAUUUUGAGCAGGUGGAAAGCCAAACCACUAAACAGGCAGACACCAUAGCUUCCAAAAUUGGUGGGAAGAAUGGCAGUGUAGCAAGGGAAAAGUUCCGUCGCUGGACUCCUUACCCUUCCCAGAAGACCGUGGAUUUACAAUCAGGAAUGAAGGAAGUCACUGGUAAUAAGUCGGAAAUGAUAGACAAGCCCUUCUUUGAUUUUACCUUAAACACAGGAACACAAGAGCCCCAAAUUGAUGAAACAAAUAAUUCCCUAACAGGGAAAACACAAAAAGAAACACACAGUGGAUCCGUCAAUCGCAAAGCCACAUCUGACUGUACUGCUUCCUGUGAGGUGGGGAGAGAAUGCCCUAUUACAGAAAAACCUGAACUACAUGACCUAAAUAAGAUGCCGUCAUUAAAAUCUCCACUUCUUCCAAUUCCAGUCACUAAAUCAGUCCCUCAAAAGCAAGGUUCAAAGAAUCCAUCAAAAAACACAAAAGCAAAUUCUCUUUUUUCUAGAGAACAUUCAAAUUCCUUGAACAAACUCAAGGAAGAAGACAGUCAUGAUUCUCCUGGCAUGUCCAAAGUACAAAGUUCACGUGUUUUAAAGGGGAACAAAAGUAGAUUUGGCACUCAAAGGGAACCUGGUGAAAAUUUAAGUGAUACAUUGCAAAAAGCCCAAGAGGUGUUACAGUUUCAUGAGUCAUUGCAAAAUCCGCUUCUCACCACCUCUAAAAGGACCAGGAACUGUGCAAAAGCUAGCAGGAAUGUGGAAGAGUCUGAAAAAGGGUCUUUGAAGAUUGAGUUUCAAGUACGCUCAUUAGAAGAUGAAAGUGAUGGAGAGAUAUCUGACAUGGAACGGCAUGGAACAAAAAUUGGAACCUUGGGUUCUGCAACUACAGAAGUUUUAUCCUGCAGCACUCACAGUGCUGACGAGAAAGAGGGAGAUGACCAAAACCUGAAAACAUCUCGAAAACUGUCCACUUCCCCAUGUAAUUCAGUAGUUCACCUGAAAGAAUCUGAGUUACAAAUGACAUCUGCCACCAGUCCACACCCUGACUUGCUGCUAGACUUGAAAACCUCUCUAGAAGAUGUACAGGCUGAUGACUCUGUUAAAUCUCAUGUUUCAUAUGAAACAGAAGGCUUUGAGAGUACCAGCUUGGAUGCAGAGCUUCAAAAGAGUGAUAUAGCUCAGCCCUCAGGCCUUCUCCUGCCUGAAUUAAGUAAGCUCGGCUUUCCUGCCUCACUCCAAAGAGAUCUCACUCGGCACAUUAGUUUGAAGAGCAAAACUGGAGCACACCUUCCUGAGCCAAACCUCAACAGUGCUCGCCGCAUUCGCAAUACUAAUGGUCAUCGAAAGAGUGAAACAGAGAAGGAAUCUGGGCUCAAGCCAACUCUUCGGCAGAUUCUAAAUGCAUCUCGGAGAAAUGUCAACUGGGAACAGGUCAUUCAUCAAGUAACCAAGAAAAAGCAAGAGUUAGGCAAAGGCUUACCCAGGUUUGGCAUAGAAAUGGUGCCUCUAGUACAAAAUGAACAAGAGGUCUUGGAUUUGGAUGGGGAGCCUGACCUGGCCAAUCUAGGAUUCCAGUGGGAAGAUGUUUCCAUUUCUUCAUCCCCUGGGUUGGCGAGGAAGCGAAGCCUUUCUGAGAGCAGUGUGAUCAUGGACAGGGCUCCUUCUGUAUACAGCUUCUUCAGUGAGGAAGGCACAGGCAAGGAAAACGAGCCCCAGCAGAUUUUUUCACCCAGUAACUCACUGAGGGCUGCACAGAGUCAGAAAACAACCAUGGGUCUUAAGCAGGAAGUGACACCUCUGGCUGCCUCCCUAAGAACAGGUGAAAGGGCUGAAAAUGUUGCUACUCGAAGACGACAUAGUGCACAGUCAUCCUCUGACUGUACGAUACCCUUGAUGCAUUUGGCAAAAGACCUGAACAGCCAGGAAAGUUCUGCACCGCCUUCAGAGAAUCAAAAUGCCCAGGAGAGUAAUGGAGAAGGAAACUCUUUAUCAUCAAAUGCAUCCUCAGCCGUUGCAAUCUCCAGUUUGGCAGAUGCAGGCACAGACAGUAGCUGUACCUCUGGUGCUGAACAAAAUGACGGCCAGAGCAUUAGAAAAAAACGAAGAGCCACUGGAGAUGGAUCUUCUCCUGAAGUCCCAAGUCUUGAGAGAAAAAAUAAAAGAAGGAAAAUUAAAGGAAAGAAAGAACGUUCUCAGGUUGACCAGCUGCUGAAUAUUUCUUUAAGGGAGGAAGAACUAAGCAAAUCAUUGCAAUGCAUGGAUAACAGCCUUCUGCAAGCCCGUGCAGCACUUCAGACAGCUUAUGUUGAAGUUCAGAGGCUACUUAUGCUCAAACAGCAGAUAACUAUGGAGAUGAGUGCACUAAGGACCCAUAGAAUACAAAUUCUACAGGGAUUACAAGAAACAUACGAACCUUCUGAACGCCCAUACCAGGUUCCCUGUAGCCUUACACGAGAACAAAAGAGCAGCAGAUCUCAAACAUCUGCUGAUGCCACGCUGCUGCCUGCUCCCUUUUUCCCACUUCUUCUGGAGUCUCCGUCUUCCCAUGUGUCUCCAUCAUCCACGGGAGUCCCUUUCCAAGUAACCACAUCUCCUACUUUCCAAGCUUAUGGCAGUGUUCCAGCUCCAGACUCAUCAAUUCAGAUAAAACAAGAACCUAUGUCAUCUGAACAAGACGAGAAUUUGAAUGCUGUGUCACACAUCUCUCCUUGCAGUGUGUCCAAGGAAUUACUGCAAGGAGAGAUCAGUGACCAUCGCCCAGUUUCCCCUGGCAUCACUGCAACAUUGCCUUUGUCAGAGCUAACAGAAGGUUCCCAGGAACCUAGCCAAGCACUGAAGUUUUCUGUGGAACAAGGAAAUUCCAGAAACAGAGAAAAUGCCCUCUAUUCCCAAUCAGCUGGUCUUCCUGGCAUAAAUAAAGAAAGUGAAGAUCCAGCCAAAGGCAACAGUGGGUCUGAAGCCUGUACCAAUUCUUUUCCAAGAUUGUCCUUUGCUUCAGAAACCCCUUUGGAGAGGGAGCCCCACUCUCCGGCUGACCAGCCUGAACAACACGCAGAGUCUACUCUGACAUCAGCUGAAACUAGGGGUAACAAGAAAAAGAAGAAACUUAGGAAGAAGAAAACUCUGCGGGCUGCCCAUGUUCCUGAGAACAGUGACACGGAACAGGAUGUAUUUACUGCCAAACCUGUGAGGAAAGUAAAAACUGGAAAGUCAGCUAAAGGAGGGAAAGUGACAACCUCCACCUGGGAGGAUAGCAGAACUGGUCCAGAACAAGAGAGUGUCAGAGAUGAGCCAGACAGUGACUCCUCUCUGGAAGUCCUAGAAGUUCCUAACCCUCAGUUAGAAGUAGUAGCCAUUGAUUCUUCUGAAUCUGGAGAAGAGAAACCAGACAGCCCAUCUAAGAAGGAUAUUUGGAACUGCACAGAGGAAAACUCAUUAGAAACUUCUCGUUCUGGUUGUGAUGAAGUUAGCUCUACCAGUGAGAUUGGCACUCGUUAUAAAGAUGGUAUCCCUGUAAGUGUGGCAGAAACUCAGACUGUGAUCUCCUCCAUAAAAGGAUCAAAGAAUUCUUCAGAAAUCUCCUCAGAGCCAGGAGAUGAUAAUGAACCCACCGAAGGGAGUUUUGAGGGACACCAAGCUGCAGUGAAUGCAAUUCAGAUAUUUGGGAACUUACUAUAUACCUGUUCGGCAGAUAAAACUGUGCGAGUUUAUAAUCUGGUGAGUCGCAAGUGCAUUGGUGUCUUUGAGGGCCAUACUUCCAAAGUGAACUGCCUCCUGGUUACUCAGAUCUCUGGGAAGAAUGCUGCCCUGUACACUGGUUCCAGCGACCACACCAUUCGCUGCUAUAAUGUGAAGACGCGAGAAUGUGUGGAGCAGUUACAACUGGAAGACCGGGUCCUUUGCCUUCACAGUAGAUGGCGAGUCCUCUAUGCAGGACUAGCAAAUGGCACUGUGGUCACCUUCAACAUAAAGAACAACAAACGACUCGAAAUCUUUGAAUGCCAUUGCCCUCGGGCAGUUAGCUGUCUUGCCACAGCCCAGGAAGGUGCCCGCAAGCUGCUGGUUGUGGGAUCUUAUGACUGCACCAUUAGUGUACGUGAUGCACGCAAUGGACUCCUCCUCAGAAGUCUGGAGGGCCACAGCAAAACUAUCCUCUGCAUGAAGGUGGUGAAUGACCUCGUGUUCAGUGGCUCCAGUGAUCAGUCGGUCCAUGCCCACAACAUUCAUACUGGUGAGCUUGUGCGGAUCUAUAAAGGUCACAACCAUGCAGUGACUGUGGUGAAUAUCCUAGGAAAAGUGAUGGUGACGGCUUGCCUGGAUAAAUUUGUUCGUGUUUACGAAUUACAGUCCCAUGAUCGAUUGCAAGUUUAUGGAGGACACAAAGACAUGAUUGUGUGUAUGACCAUCCAUAAAAGUAUGAUUUAUACGGGCUGUUAUGAUGGCAGUAUUCAGGCUGUGAGGCUAAAUCUGAUGCAGAAUUACCGCUGUUGGUGGCAUGGUUGCUCUCUGAUAUUUGGUGUUGUAGAUCAUUUAAAACAACAUUUGCUGACUGACCAUACAAACCCAAACUUUCAAACUCUGAAAUGUCGAUGGAAGAACUGUGAUGCUUUUUUCACUGCUAGGAAAGGAUCCAAACAGGAUGCUGCAGGACACAUUGAACGACAUGCUGAGAAUGACAGCAAAGUUGAUUCGUGAAGUUUUUUGCCUCCCACGUUGGGAAGUCAUUAGUUGAACUGAUUUCACAUUGUCCCCUCACACAGGUCACUCUGUUCCCUUCCCCCCGGGGAGCAGGAAGCAGGAAGCAGGAAGUGAUUACCAGCCAGGCUUACACUAGCAUAAGUCUGGGCAGCUCUAUGGGAUGAUAGAUUACACUUUAAGCUCUUGCUGGAGGUUUGUCAAAUUUAAACAGAUUUUAAGGAACUAUAGUCCUCUGGAACAGCAUGGCAUAUAGUAGUUAAUGCUACUAGUGUUCUCCGGAUGUUUAUUAAAGAUGCACAUCUUAAUUGGUGACCUAAUUUGACCCUAAUCAUAUUUUUAUUGAUUUCAAUUUGCGAUUUUUAGUUUAUGUUCUUAUGAUGGUUUAAACCUAUAGUCAGGCUGUUAAGUAGGUACCAGUUUGUUCAAAUGCUAGAUUUUUAGGAUCAGUUUUAAUUUUUCCAGUUGUAAUAAUGGGGUAUCUAAAUUGGAAGCAAAUAAUUCCCUUCUUAACAAUUAUGUUGAAUAUGUUUCGAUAUUGUCUUGCUUUGUAGGUGGACAGAGACGGCUUUACAUGCUAAAGGGAGACAGGAGAUUUUUAGCAACUAGCGUGACUGCUCUACUGACUGUAUUUUAGGAGCUCAGACAGCAAAUCACAUAAUGACAAGUCCCUCCAGACAGCACUACCUAGUGAACCUCCUGUGCAGGUUUUGCUAGAGUGCUUGGCUUGAGGCAGCAUGCACACCCAAUGUCCACCGUGAAAUCUUGCGGUUAGACCUGACCUGGUACUCAUGGCUGUGGGGAUGGAGCUGGAGGUGUAGCCUUAACUCCCUUCCCAGUGACUGGCUCUCCAAGGCGACUGUGGGUGUGAAACCUUUCAGUUUGCUCCCUCACCAGCCCCCGUCUCUCCCAUUCUCUAGCUGUGCUCGCACUGAUGACAGCCGACAGGAACUUCCCGGGGCUUACAGGAUGCUUUCCACUCACCUGCAGCCCCCAAGAUGGGAGAGUUCGGAUAAAGCGCCUGAAUUCAGUUUUUAGGGCCUCAAAUAGGCUUCUUUGAGACUGAUUUCUAAAACCUUUGUCUUGCCUUCACCCCUCCACUAGCUGGGAAAGAAGAGUGGAAUCUGGUGAAGAUAGAGACUCUACCUGUCCCAUGAGAGCAGUCACACUAACAAAGCCUUAGUGAGACUGCUUUGUUUUGGGGUUUUCCCUGGACUCUUAAGAGAAGCUAUGGAACUGUUGAUUUCCAUUCUUUUGUUUCUGGAUUCACAGAACUCUGAAAGAUUCUUCAGAGAUAAGAAGGGAGGAGAGCCCAGUGCCACCUAACCAAGCUUUGGGAUGUGGCACCUGCUGUUUUCUAGAAUUGCAGAGCAUCCAGGUUUCUCUCCACUCCUGUUAUGCACACACAUCUAUUCUCAUGUCUUCUUCCCUUGGCUCUAGGACAGGGGAACAUCACUGGGAAGUCACGGAUAGGUUUCGAGAGGGUACGCGAGCCCUCUGAAGUUGUUUGCAAGACAAAGUAUGUGUUCUUUUUUCCAGGGAAGGCUCUAGUGGUUCUUACUGGAUCCAAAACAUUGAGAACUAAUAUGGGAGCUACUACUAGAUAAUGAAUGGCUCCACAAGCUCUUUACUUCUGUCUUUGUGAAUGGGAAAACUUUUGUUGAUUACAUUAUUGAGAUUUACAUACACAAGAGAGCAGAGAGGAUCCUGUUGCAUAAAGACUUUGUGCUGGUUCUCUGUGAGAUUAAGAAGUCUUUUCCACCUCUUACCCCCAUUUCCUGUACAGGUGACCAGAGAAGCUGGGCUGUUCUGUGGGUUUGGGAAUGGUGAUUUCCCAGGAAAGUAUAUUUGGAUUUACUGCCAAACCUGGCAUGUUUCUCUGGGCUGCAGUGAAGCAGCAUUUACAAGUUGGCCGGGCAAUGUGCUAGGAAAGCCUUACAUGCGCUGUUGCAUAGGUGUCCUGUCCUGCCUGAGGACGUGUCUGAAACGAGGAGAGUGGUGGAGCCUUUGUGGGGCAGGUGUUGGGCAAUCGAUUUGCAGGUAAAAUCAGUAAGAACUGAUUUGGGUUUCACUUUGGUAGAAUUGUGCACAGUCUGCCUGCCUUCAUGUGUAUGAAUGUUCCUUAUAUGUGUGUAUGCACAGGGGCACCUAUACUUGUAAUACUUUUCCUCAUUUUGCAAAAACUUUCUUUGAAGCAGUGGCAGUAAUGUGUUUGUUUCAAGGAUGUGUAUGACUUGUUUAGCAUCAGGUCAGUGUGUUAUCAUAAAUGCAAUGCUCGAGCCCUCUGUUUAGCAAUAAAUGCACCCUGAGCAUCUUGGCUGCUUAUGUAUGGUUAUGUGUUAUUUCUUUUAAGUGUCUUGAAAGUUAUGCAGAAUUUUAGCUAUUUUUAAGUCUUCUACAAUGUCUUGACUGAUUCUAGUCCUCUGUCCCCCACUCAGAGAAGAGCUAUGGCUCAGGGAUUUGCAUUAACUCACAUAUCUAGUACUUUAAGAAAGGAAACUGUUACAUGACCUGACAAAACCUGACUCAUUUAUUAUAAGGAGUUGGAGGCCAUUUUCUAUAAUGUUAUUUUUAAUUACAUGUGCCUAUUUCUAACGGACUGAAGCCAAGGAAACAAUAGUGUAAAUCCUUUUGUAUGCAUAUGGUAGUGUCUUAAUGGCCAAAUGUUCUGAUAUACUAUCAGUCACUUCAAGUUUUAUCCUAAAGUUUUAAUCAGGUUCAAAAGGUAUUUUGGCAUACACCUCUACUCAGUUAUACAGCAGUUAAACAUGCAAACAAAACUCUAAGAACAAAGACUUAUUUUGACCUCAUGUUACUUGAAUUUAAGAGAACAUCAUUGCUAGUACCCUCCUGCUUUUGUGGGGAGAAUUUUUUUUCUGUCUCAAGAGUUAGCAGUUGAGUGUUUGACUUGCUUACGAGUUACAGGCAGUAUCAUUGCUGUUUAAGUAAUUAUUUGCCUAACAAAUGUUUUUGUUUCUUUGAUUGUUUUUGAGGGGUAGAUUAUACAGUGGACAAUUUUAGUGACUAGGUAUGUGGAUGAUUUGGUGGGAGUAGGUGUACAACACUUAAUGCAAUGGUAUGGUAUGUUUUAUGGAAGAGAAUUCAUUGGAGGGGAGAUCAAAGUAUAUUGUGAAGUGAGAUUUGAAUUGCACGUUCCCUCUGGUUUUUUCAAAUAACUGCAAUUAAUAUACUCUGGCUUAUCAAUUUUGUUUCUGUAACCUGAAGGAGAGUUUUUAGAACUGCCAGAAAGGCCAUGCCUGCCACAUUGAUAAAUUAGUGACUAUAUCCCUGCCCCAAAUCAUCAGGACCCUCAGGGUUGCAAAAAAAGGCUGUCUAAUGACUAGGAUAGAAGCUGUGGUGGAGGUGAUUUCGGCUAUACCGAGUUCCGUAUGCAGGCGGAUAUGAAAUUCAGAUGUAAACCGAACCUACUACUUAUCAGACAGUAACCUCUAACCUCACCUCCAACUCUCAAGGAUGUGGCCCUGCUGGGUCACAUAGCCACUAAAAUUUCCCAGACUGGCUAUGAAUUCAAGGUGGUAGCCCAACUGGAUUGGGGAGGAGGGAAGUCAAGGAGGAAAGGCUAUUGAAGAUCUCCUGCUUAAGAGAAAUACAUGCCCUAGAGCUGCUCCAACACCCCUGGUAUUUGAAUUUUUUAUAUUGAAUAUGGAUUAGAAGAAUGAAAUCAGAUGACAUUUGACUGCAAAAUUGUUUAUAAGCAAAUAGCUUAGCCUUCUUACAUUUUGGUAUAAACCUGUGAACUUCAUAACUUUGUAAAGCAAGGUAUAAAGCAAAUACAAGAGGAAAAUAAAGUACUUUUACUAAUUGUUUACUUUUGUUACCUUAUCUGCACAUUCCUAGCCAACCUUUUCUUUUCCAUGUUGGUAUAGAGACUAAAGAAAAUGGGUGAAAAACACAAGCGAUUAUAAAUAAGACACACAUGAGAGCCAGAUAAGUUUGGCAAACAGGUACUCUUA